AUGUCAGCACCAGCUAGGCGAAAGAGAGCGAGUGAGCAAGCCCUCUACUGUCUGUCCGCCUUCCCAGCUCCCGGGGUUUCCCUAGAGACCACAAUGAACAAGUUCCUCUGCUGCACGCUUGUGUUCUUGGAUAUCUCAGUUAAGUGGACCACACAGGAAACCUUUCCUCCAAAAUACCUUCAUUAUGACCCAGAAACAUCUCGUCAGCUGUUGUGUGACCAGUGCCCCCCAGGCACCUACUUAAAGCAACACUGUACAACAAGGAGAAGGACCCAGUGUGAGCCCUGCCCUCAUCACUACUAUACUGAGAACUGGCAUUUUAGUGAGGAGUGUUUAUACUGCAGCGGAGUGUGCAAAGAGCUGCAGCAUGUGAAACAGGAGUGUAAUAGCACACACAACCGUGUGUGUGAAUGUAUGGAAGGACGGUAUCUGGAGUUGGAGUUCUGUCUAAGGCACACCAGCUGUCCCCCAGGAUUCGGUGUAGUACAAGCAGGAACCCCAGAGCGAAAUACCAUUUGCAAAAGGUGCCCAGAUGGAUUUUUCUCAAAUGAGACUUCUUCUAAAGCACCAUGCAGGAAACACACAAAUUGCAGUGCCCUUGGUCUCCGAAUGGCAUCAAAAGGAAAUGCAACUCAUGACAAUCUCUGCUCUGGAAAUACAGAAGCAACUCAAAAAUGUGGAAUAGAUGUCACCCUGUGUGAGGAGGCUUUCUUCAGGUUUGCUUUUCCUACAAAAUUUACCCCUAAUUGGCUCAGCGUUCUGAUGGACAGUUUGCCUGGAACCAAGGUGAAUGCAGAAAUGAUAGAAAGGAUAAAAAGAAGACACAGCUCUCAAGAACAAACUUUCCAGCUGCUCAAGUUAUGGAAGCAUCAAAACAAAGACCAGGAUAUGGUCAAGAAGAUUAUUCAAGAUAUUGACCUUUGUGAAAACAGUGUGGUGAAACACAUUGGGUUCUUGAACCUUACCCUGGAACAGCUCCGUAGUCUGAUGGAAAGUUUACCAGGGAAGAAAGUAGGAUUGGAAGACAUUGAAAAAACCAUGAAGUUAUGCAAAUCGACUGAUCAGAUCCUAAAGCUGCUUAGCCUGUGGAGAAUAAAAAAUGGUGAUCAAGAUACUCUGAAGGGUUUGGCACAUGGACUGAAACACUUAAAAACGUACCACUUUCCCAAAGUGAUCGUUCAGAGUCUAAGGAAGACAGUCAAAUUUCUGCACAGUUUUACAAUGUACAGAUUAUACCAGAAGCUAUUUCUAGAAAUGAUAGGGAACCAAGUCCAGUCAGGUAAAAUCAGCUGCUUAUAAUAUAAUCAGCCUUGACCUUGGGAGUAGAGGUUGAACAAACAGAGAUGAUGGAAGAUGCUCGGUCUCUUCAGUGAGGCACAUGGAGGGCACAGUGCAUUCUGUUGUUUUGGACCAAUUUGUGACCAACUGGCAAUUAAGUGACUGCUCUGGUGAUGUGCAAGAGACAGUACACCCCCAAAAGUUCAAUACAAACCAGCGUGGGAUCUGGUUCUGUAUCUACUGACUAUCUUUACUGCUAGAAGUAACUCAACUGGAAACAAUAACCCAGAUGAAAAAUGU